UGUCAAGCUCCAAUCAAAUGUUUGGAAUGUGCAAGUGACAAACAUGUUAGUGCCAUGCAUUUCAGUGGAAUAAGCACUGUUCAAUCCUCAAGUCAGCCCCCACCGUGUGCAGAGGACGGCGGGGAGGAAGAGACGAAACAGGAAAUAAGCUCAAACUGCACUAAAGUCUGUGGCAUAGGACAAAGUGGUAAAUCGUGUUCCAAGAUUAUUCUGGUUAACGUGUAUCCCUCAGGUCAACAGCAGAGGAGUAUGAGGAUGUAUGCAGUUCUGGAUGACCAGAGCAAUCUCUCCCUGGCGAGAAGUGAGUUUUUUGAUAAGUUUGACAUACACGGCACCGAGGCUCCUUACAGCAUCACAACGUGUAUGGGCGCAACACAAGCCUAUGGAAGAAGAGCCCAUGGUUAUGUCAUAGAGUCUCUAGACAAAGAAACGUGUCUGCAGCUUCCCACGUUGAUUGAAUGUGACAAUCUCCCUAACAACAGGAAAGAAAUCCCGACGCCGGAAGUGGCCUCUCACCACAAGCAUCUGAACAAAAUGGCUUCAGAAAUCCCUCCUCUCGACCCCAAUGCUGAGAUUCUCCUGCUGAUAGGAAGAGAUCUGUUGAGGGUGCACAAAGUACGAAAACAGAUAAAUGGACUGAAUAAUGAACCAUUUGCACAAAAGCUGGAUCUCGGCUGGGUGGUAGUCGGUGAUGUCUGUGUCAAUGGAAUGCAUGGGCCUCCAACAGUGAGCAGCAUGAAGACAUACAUAUCUGACAGUGGCAGACCUUCUACAUUUUUAGAGUGUGAGAACAAAAUAAAAGUAAGAGACUUGUACACAGAAACAUCAGACACACUUUCAGUGUUUUCAAGAACAAUUCAUGAUCACCAGUUAGCUCCCUCUAUUGAAGACAAACGCUUCCUGGAAAUAAUGGAAAAAGGCUUUCUCCAAGAUGACUCAAAUAGCUGGAUCGCCCCUCUCCCAUUCCGGCAUCCUCGACGUAAGCUACCUAAUAACAGAGAAUAUGCAGAGAAACGUUUUGCCUCUCUGGAACGCAAUCUUCAGAAGAAACCUGAAAUGAAAAGGCACUUUUUUGAGUUUAUGCAAAGACUGUUUAAUAAUCAUCACGCUGAGCUUGCUCCACCACUCGAAGAAGAAAAGGAAAGGUGGUACUUACCCACUUUUGGAGUUUAUCAUCCGCAAAAACCCAGCCAAAUACGUGUCGUGUUUGAUUCAUCUGCACAGUUUGACGGUGUCUCACUGAAUGACGUUUUGCUGCAGGGUCCAGACCUAAAUAACAGUCUACUUGGAGUUCUGAUGAGAUUCAGAAUAGGCCCAAUAGGAGUUUUAGCAGAUAUAGAGCAGAUGUUCCACUGCUUUGUGGUUCAAGAAGAGUGCAGAGACAUGCUCAGGUUUUUGUGGUACCGCGACAAUCAGCCAGGAAACGAAGUGGUUGAAUACCGCAUGAGAGUUCACAUAUUUGGGAACAGUCCAUCACCUGCAAUCGCCAUUUAUGGCCUACGGAGGGCAGCAAAGGAAAUGGAGCAAGUCUAUGGCAGCAAAACAACAGGGUUAGUGGAGAGACAUUUUUACAUGGACGACGCACUGUUGUCCUUCACAUCAGAAGCUGAGGCCACAAAGACAGUAGAGCAGCUUCAAGAAAUGCUGUCCAUUUCCAACCUGCGACUACACAAGGUAGCGUCAAACAGUGUUAAUGUCAUCAACCACUUCCCAGCUGAAGACAGAGCCAAGGAUAUAAAAGACCUGGACCUGUUCACAGAUGAUCUCCCUGCACAGCGCAGCCUGGGGGUUAUCUGGAACCUCGUGACAGACACUUUUACAUUCAAGGUCCCAGAGAAUCAGAAACCGUUCACCAGACGUGGUGUGCUGUCUACGGUAAAUAGCUUAUUCGACCCAUUGGGCUUUCUAGCACCCAUCACAAUAAGAGGAAGAAUGAUUCUCAGAGACAUUACUACAGACAAUAUUGAGUGGGAUGCUCCUCUGCCUCAAAGUAAAUACGAAGAGUGGAGACGCUGGCAAGAGUCCCUCUCAGUUUUGAAAAACUUUCAUAUUCCAAGAACAUACGUCACAUUUCCAGUGAGUCAAGCCAAGACAAUUGAGCUUUGUGUUUUUUCUGACGCGUCAGUACAGGCUAUCUCAGCUGUCGCAUAUUUGAGAAUCACCCAUGAUGAUGGUCAUCAUGAAGUGGGGUACAUCUUUGGCAAAUCAAAACUCGCCCCCCAGCCUGAGCUAACAGUCCCAAGAUUAGAGCUCUGUGCAGCUGUCCUAGCAGUAGAAGUUGCGGAAACUAUUAUGCAUGAGGUAGAUGUAAAACUGGAUGCUGUCAGGUACUUCUCAGAUAGCAAGGUAGUUUUAGGCUACAUUCACAAUGAGAGAAGAAGAUUUUACGUUUUUGUCAGUAACAGAGUGCAGCGCAUCAGACAAGUGUCUCAGCCUAAUCAGUGGAGAUUUGUGCCCACCGAACUCAAUCCAGCAGAUUGUGGCUCGAGAUCAGUUGCAGCAGAAGAGCUUGUCAACACCCUCUGGUUAACUGGACCAAGAUUCCUCACAGACAUGGACUCGACAAAGAUUGGUUCAGACGAACAAUACUUGCUUAUCAAUCCAGAUGAUGACACAGAGGUCAGGGUGAACGCCACCAAUGUGGUAACAGAGUCAUCAACUCACAAACUAUUUUCAAGUCGCUUUGAACAUUUUUCCAACUGGAAAUCUCUCCUGAAAGCGGUUGCCAGACUCAUUCACAUUGCUCAAAGCUUCUCAAACAAAAACAGUAACAGCUGUCGAGGUUGGCAUUACUGCAACAACAUUUCAUCUUCAGAAAUGGAUAAAGCAGAGUGACUGAUCAU